GCCUCGCAGUGUUCUGUUUAUAGCAGGAAUCAGCCAUGCAACUCAGCCCAGAUGUUAAAUUCUGCCCCAACUCCGUGGUCUGCCGUGAAGAUUCCUGCGUUGACUUCCUGGCUCAUGGGGGGUCAUCUGCUUCCAAGGCACCAGAAAAAGAACAUAGCUGGUAUCCACAUAUCCUAUGACUGUUCCAUGUGGUAAGAACUUGCAAACAACUUUAAGAUCUUUGCAACCUCCUAGAGAGUCUGUCAAGGCGCAACUUAAAAGCUCGUUCAGGCGACCAUGACCCCCUGCUAGCAGAUUGUCUGCCUAAAAGGUCAGUCAGCAAUGGCUGCAGCAGAAAUUCCCAGUUACAUUGUUUCUUCUCAGACUGAGAAACACAGAAGGGCCAGAAACUGGACUGAUGCAGAAAUGAGAGGUUUAAUGCUGGUUUGGGAAGAAUUUUUUGAUGAACUGAAACAAACUAAAAGGAAUGCCAAAGUUUAUGAGAAAAUGGCUAACAAACUCUUUGAAAUGACUGGAGAAAUUCGCCACGGAGAGGAAAUAAAGAUAAAAAUUACAAAUAUGACAUUCCAGUACAGGAAAUUAAAAUGCAUGACUGAUAGUGAAACUGUUGCACCAGACUGGCCUUAUUACAAAACCAUUGAUAGGAUCCUGUCUAAAGUAACAGAACACAGUGAUGUGAAAAUGCAUGAAAGUCAGCAACCAGGUCCUUCUACAUCACAGACUGAAGCCUCACAGUCACCAUCAGCUAAGUCUACACCUCUCUACUUGCCAUAUAACCAAUUUACUUAUGAAGGAAGGGAAGAGUGUUUUGAAGAUGAACAUUCAGAGAGCUCAUCAAGCCUACUUUCUUACAAGCUUAGAGCUGAAGAAAGACCAGUUAAGAAAAGAAAACUGCAGAGCUGCAGUUUCCAAAAGAAGAAGCUAAAAUUAAUGGAAGCCAUGUUGGAAGAACAAAAGAAAUUAAGCAGAGCUAUGGAAGAAACCUGUAGAGAGGUGCGCAGGAUUUUGGAUCAGCAAAACAUCAUUCAAGUUCAAAGCUUACAGCUACAGGAAAGAAUGAUGAACCUAUUGGAGAAAAUGAUUUCCAAGUCUAAUGUGUAGGAUUUUUGUCCAUGCUGCUCAAAGUAUUAAUAUUAUAGAAAUCCCCUAAUGCAUACCUUAUGAGUGUUGGUUGCCAUCUUCCCAGGUUUUCCAUGAAAAGUAAAAUCUUAGAGUAAUCCUAGUUAAUUCAGGGUGAGAAUUAUCCAGAGCCUUGUGGAGUUAAUAAGGAUUAGGAAACCGGUGCAAUAUAUGCCUAAGUUCAACUAUUUUUGUACUGAAAGGUUAAGGAAUGAGUAGCUCUGGGAAACAAUUUUUUUCCUGUACUAUUUAUGCUUAGGUCAGCUCUUAAUUUACAAGCAGCAUUGUUGCCUACAGGUUCACACCAAGGACUGUCAACCUGACCUAUUGUAGAACAACAAAAUAGUAUAUUUUCCACAUAGAGUAAGUCAGGGGUCUGCACUGUUUUUGGGCAGAGUGCCAAAAACACCUGCAACCUUGACUUGUAAGAUUUUGGUGUGCUAGGAGCGGAUGUCAGGGGAGCUGCAAGGGCCCGAUCCUUGUUGUGGCACUGCAGCUUCAGUCCCUUUCCCAACAUCUGCCCUGAGGCAUGCAUGCCAAGGAAAAUACCUUUGUGCCAUGCUCUGGCACCCAUGCCAGGGGUUGCCUACCCCAGCAACUAAAUGCAUCUCUGACUUUGCUGAAGGCAAUCCAGUUUUGACAUAUAAGCAGUGGCUCUGCAGUGUGAACUCUGGUUCUUGUGAAGAGCUAGCUGAGACUAUGAAACAUAAUUUUAAAUUUCAUGCCUGAUAUAAAUAGUACCCUAAAACUGAAAUAUGAAAUCAUCUACUCAAAUACACUUUUGAUAAAAAUAGUAACAUAAAACUACUAUAUCCUGAAUACUCAACUGUAUUGAAAAUACUUGAAGUUGAUUUUGAUAUUAAAUGUAUAAUUUUUUUCAUUAUUAACUGGAAUUUGUUGACUUUAUGAAAAAACAACAAUUAAAACAUUUCAUUUAUUCUCCAUCACAAAAGAAAAAUAUUAUAUUGUAUGUAUAUAAAUAUAUAUAUCAACUGAAAUAAAGAAAAGGCGAACCUUAUUUAUUAUUUACCAGUCAUCUAGUGUACUUGAGAAUGUGCAAAAUAUUGCAGGAUGCAACCAAUGCUUUGAUGAGUUUAUAUUCUAGAGUGCAAUGCAGAGAUACAAUACACUGCAUAAUCCAAAUAUGUGACUGUCUCAAGUUGGUGCAGUAUUUGUAUUUUUCAGUACUUUUCUAGAUCUUUUUGUUGGUGUAGUUAUUUUGAUAGAAGUAGUCUGUAUGUUUUAUGGACUGGUUUGAUGAUAGAAAUGGUGGUCAGCAUUCACAUACCACAAGAGGGAGCUGAAAUCAUAUCAAGGAUGUUGAAGCUGUUAAGACGAAGUCCAAGCAUUGUUCUUGUUAAUUGUCUUAUGCAGUACUGCAUUAAAAUAGCCUUUGAGAGUAGCUGAGCUGCCUACAAAAGCUCACGUAUUUCUAAAAGAGUUGGUGCCACCACGCCCUGCUUUCCGCCUGCCUUUGCAAAGCAAGAAUGCUCAUCUAAGGGCAGAUUAGACACUCGUAAGAAACUAAAAUGAAAAUUUGUGGCACUUCAGAAUUUAGCUAUUCUGGUGAGGUAGGAAACUACUUAUGUCCAUGAUAGAUACAGGGAAGCGAAGGGGCAGAUUUGUCCUUCACAAACAGUGGUUUUUUAAUGAUUAACGCUUAUUCUAACUAUAAGCUACAUUCUCUCUCCAAAUUUUGUUCUUGAAUUCAUGUUUGCAUUUCCAUUUUUAUUUAGUAUAGAGCUAGCCUAACUAUGAAUUUUAUUAUUCUAUUAUAAACACCCUUGGGAGAUGAAGUUGUAGUAAUGCUUACUUCAAAGAGUAAUGCUUAUUUACAUCAAAUGUAUCCUGGGCAUGCCUCUAAAAAUUAAGCUGUUGUUCAAUUUUGAGAAAUGACUGUUCUUCAGUAGUGCUGAGCUGAUGUUAUUGCCAUAAUGGUACAGGAGAUAGGCAAGAGGCUAGAAUUCUU